UGGAAAAGAAAAAUGGAGUCCUGAUAUGAUAAUAUCAUCCCUUGUCCACAACGUCUCGGCGUCGGUGUCUUCGUUCGGUCAAUUUUUUUUAAUUCCCCGAAGAAUAUAAAAUAAAAAAGUUGGAUUAUUUUUUGGUACAAGUAGAGCUGAAAGAAGGGGCGAGCGCGUGCCGCCGAUGUUUUGCAACUGCGUCUCCUCUCCCCUCUCCUCCCUACGCAAUCGCCUCUUGAUGCUUCUCUAAUUCGCUUCACGUAUCCUCCUCCGCCUUAAACGCAUAGCAGAUCUUCCUCCUCCUCCUCCUCCUCCUCAUCUCCUUCAACUUUUGCAUUAUUAAGGGAUGAUUUUUUUAAUCUAUGUUUCUCGAUGCUGCCGCGAAUCGCAUUUGUCAGUGAUCUGUUGAGGAUUGAUCAGAAGGAGCAUCGCUUCUGUUAAUUGGAGUCGUUUGAUGUGAUCAUUGGUGUUGUUUUCCUUAGGUUUGAAGUGGUUUAUUUUGCGGGUGGAGUGAUUGUGAUGGAGAUGGAUAGGGAUUCCGGAAAAUUGGAGCAAAUUGUUUCUCAAUUUCUAUUGAAGACAUUACAUGUUAUUUUGGACUCGAGGAUUCCUUCUCUUCAUCAACAUGAUCGGUCUGCUGAAUUGUCAUCUGUUUCUCGUGCGAGGAAGAGUGAUAGAUGGUUCAAUUUAGUACUCGGAGAUCGUCCUGCAGCACUAGAGAAUUUGAAUUUCUGGCAUCGGAAUAUCUUGGAUCCCAUGAUUAUUGAUAUUAUACUUGUUCAUCAAGGCUCUUGUUCGGCAUCAGUGGAUAAUCUCUAUGCAGCUUCAGCUGCAGGCCCCACCACCGAGACUGUUAUAGAGAGGUGGGUUGUUCAAUAUGAGUCUCCACGGGUUGUUGGUUCUCAAAGUGGUGACAGUUCUGCUUAUUACAAGAAAACCUACAAGAAGUCAAUCAUACUUUUACGGUCUCUUUAUUCGCAAAUGAGGCUUCUCCCAGCAUACAGGAUCUUUCGGCAGUUGAGCUCAUCUAGUCAAACUUAUAGUUUUGAUCUUAUUUACAAGGUUUCUUCAUUCAGCAAACCAUUUUCAAGGGAAGAGGAGGCUGAAAUGACGGAAUACAACUUUGUCCCAGUGGAGGCCUUUCCUGGCCGCCUCUGUGUCUCUGUAACUUACCGUCCAACUUUAUCUGAUUUAAACAUUGAGCCUUCUGCAUCCUUGCCACCAAAGAUAAUAGCAGAUUAUGUUGGCAGUCCCACCACUGACCCAAUGAGGUCCUUCCCAUCUUCAGAGAAAGGUGUACGUGCUACCUCCUUUCCGUUGAGAGCAGCACGGCCUCCUUCUUCAGGUCCAUUUCAACGUCCACACAGCUGGACAAGUGGUUUCCAUAGAGGAACUCCCCUUAUGCAGAAUCAAAACCUUGUUGGAUCUCCACCAGCAUAUCGUAAUUCUCCCAUGCAAUAUGAUAUUUCAUCUCCGCCAACUGAUAUAUAUGGUAGCAGAGUUCAAAGUUAUAGACCACCAGUACAGCAAAAGGCUACUGGUUAUGAUGACUAUCAGCUUUCACCCCCAUUCUCACCAUCUGCUUCCCCAUCUCCCCCAACAUACUUCUCCAGGAAUAAUUCUUUGCAAACUCAUAUUUAUUCAGGGACUGCCCCCGUAACCAUUCCACAUCCACUGACAAGCAAAAGUUCUAGAUACCUUACUCCUAACUCUUCUGAUCCAACCAGACAUUCUCUUCCACCUUUUUCUCCCAGAAGCAUAAAGCAUGAUCCUUCAUCUCAGGAAUCUCCAUCUGCAAUCCGAUCAUAUAGGAGAACAGCUCAAGAGUCACCUUCUAGUUUGACAAAUUAUUAUGGCCAGAAGCUGUUCAGAGAUAGCAAAGAGGAUUCUGGCCGGUUCUCUGGAUUGUUAUCUUCCAGUGGUUCACCACGAAUUGGAUUUUCUAGAAGCUCUAGUAGACUAUCCUUCCAGGAUGACAUGGAUGAUUGUGACUAUUCAUGUCCUUUUGAUGUGGAUGAUGUUGAUACAUCUAAUUUCCUAGCCAGUCAGAAAAUUGAUGGGAGAAGAGGUCCAGAAUCCACUUCACAUUCAGUUCCAGGGAGUAGAAAAUCACACGAUGCUGCAGUGGGUGAAUUAGUUCAAAUGCUAAGAACAGCACCACCUUUGCGACAAGAUCCAAGUUAUUCAUCUCACUCAUUGAGGACUGAAUUUGAGGGCGGAGUUGGUACAGCUUCUGGAUUCUUUAUGCCCAGAAGAGCAGCAGAUGCACUUGAGGAGCUGAAGAGUUACAGAGAUAUGAAAGAUCUGCUACUCUCAAAGAGUGGAACUCAGGUUAUAAGGAAAGAUGCAUAACUUCUCUUUAGUUGGUUCAGCCUUGUUUCAGAGAAGAAAACUUGGAUCCUAGAUGGUUAUAGAUUUAUAAAAUGUGAUAACUGCUGGUCAGUACUUGACACAGAAUCAGCUACAGCAGAUGAUAGAUUUAGAGUAAAAACAUAACAUAUUUCUUGAAGUCAAGGUUAACAAUUUAUGUACAUAUUUCUUGAAUGAAAAUUUGUUACCAUCAUUGUAUAGGGUGUUGAAAUUACUAAAUUCCAAUGAAAAAUGUUGUGUGUGGACCACUGCUUCAUGUUAUUUCUUUGUAGGACAAGAUUCAUCUUUUUGAGGAUAUAUCCUACGAAAUAUGAAUUUGAAAUCAAACAGAGUUUAUUCAUUAUUAAAAAAAAAAAAAAAAAAAAAAAGAAGGGGAAAAGGAAAAAAAAAAAAGGGACAUAAAACAGAAUUUAUUCGUCGGUCAUUGUAUGCAAAACGGCAGGGAAGCGUUGUUUUGCAGGGCAGCCAAGAGUUAGCUCCUGAUAUGAGAAUGCUUGGGUAGGGGACUCAAUGCUUUAAUGCGGUUGGCUCAACAACAGAAUUUAUGGUUCCACUCAUUGAUUGGAACAACCGAAUGCGCUGCUCUUUUCCAAUUGUGGUAGAUAAGAAUAAUAAAAAAAUUUAUUUUGA